AUCAUUCGUGCUUCGACACUCUCUUCCACUAUGAGGACAUGCAAGAGAUCAUAAAGAACUUCGUGGUGAUACAUGUGGACGCACCUGGCAUGGAGGAGGGGGCCCCGGCCUUCCCUCUGGGGUAUCAGUAUCCUUCUUUGGACCAGCUGGCUGACAUGAUCCCCUGCAUCUUGCAAUAUGUCAACUUCACCAGCAUCAUUGAAAUUGGAGUUGGAGCUGGAGAGUAUAUCUUGGCACGCUACAGUCUCUCACAUGCAGACACUGUGGAGGGGUUGGUUCUGAUCAACAUUGACCCCAAUGCCAAGGGUUGGAUGGAUUGGGCUGCUCAUAAGCUUAAUGGGCUCACCUCCUCUAUUUCUGAGAUGAUCCUAGGACAGCUCUUCAGCCAGGAGGAACUUUCCAAGAACACUGAGAUGGUGCAACAACAGCGGGAUAUCCUGAGUCAUGCUACAAAUUUACCCAACAUUCAACUCUACUGGAGUAGUUACAACAGCCGCAGAGAUUUGUGCUUGGAACGUGGAGGGGAUGUCACAUUCAAAUGUCCUAUCAUGCUGGUGGUGGGAGACCAGGCUCCACAUGAAGAUGCUGUGGUGGAGUGCAAUUCCAAACUGGAUCCCACCCAGACUUCUUUCCUCAAGAUGGCUGAUUCAGGAGGACAACCACAGCUGACACAACCUGGGAAACUGACAGAGGCAUUUAAAUACUUUGUGCAAGGAAUGGGUUAUAUGGCCUCAUCCUGCAUGACGCGCCUUUCUCGCUCCCGCACCGCCUCUCUGUCCAGCGCCACCUCGGGGGACGGGAAUCGCUCCCGGUCUCGCACUCUGUCCCAGAGCAGCGAGGCAGGAGCUCCUCAGCCACCUGCCCCCACCAUGGAGGUGUCCUGCUGAGCUCCGAGCCAGGGGAUGAGACCGCCUCCCACCUCUGAACAGGACUCCUUCUGCUAUCCCACAAUGCACUCCGGCCACUGGGCCAGGUGACGAUCUCCCCUAACGGUACUAAAAGUCCAAGGAGGCCCAGAUGGGAUGCAACUUUACUCUUUUAAAAAAAAACAUUAACUCCCCCAACCUUUAAAUCCAGCACAUCAUAUCCACCUUCCUUACCAACCUUGCCUUCCUUUCUCCCGUAACUUAAAGCUAGUGUUGUCAGCCUUUGGUAUCUAUAGUGAUCCUUAGUACCUAGGGAGGUAUGGAUGGAAGACUACACGUUUUCUAAAUUAUCAGAUAAUCAGUAUCUCCUCUGAUGUUUCCCUUUGACCUCCAAUUAUCUUGCACAUGUAGAUUCCUUGAUAUAGGAGAUCUGGAUUAUCAUUGGGCUUUGUUUUUCCCCCCUGUAUAAUCAUAACUAACCCUUGUUCCUCCCCCUAAAUCUUGAGCGAUAUAUUCUUGGAGUAGCCGGAUGGCAUCUCAUUGCCUUGCAAGCUCUCUCUUGUCCCCUCUGGAGUGUACAUAGGA